AUGGCUGGAGCCGGCGCUGAAGCUGCACUAAGUGCUGGGGCCGCCCCCCUGCGCUCCCUCCCCUUGGCGCCAGCCGGGGCACGGCCCGCCCACCACCGCCCGCGGGGGCCUCUGGGAAAUGUAGUCCUUCAGGGCUGUGCUGUAGGAGUGCGCAUGCGCAGUGCCGGGGCGUGGGUGUCCACGUGUGUCGGUGGAGGCCGCGCCGCGAGUGAGCGCCGCGUCGGGGCUGGUGCCGAGCUCCGCGGCUGCACCGCCCGCCGACCGCUGCCCGCCUCUUCCCGCUACAGAGGCUCCGCAACCCCGCCGGAGAUGUCUGGGGCGCGGGAGAAGAAGCGAGCCAAGAAGAUGAGGAACCAACCGGCCAGCGUCACGCUGCCCGCGGAGCCGGGGCCCUUCGCCGGCGGCGGGAGCAGAGCCUGCCCGACCCCAGGAGAUGUUCGUUCUGAGCAGCAGCAGCAGAAAUUUUCAAAUCAGUCAUCUGGACCUUCUUACAGGAAAGACCAAAAUUUUUCAAAGGGGCAAAAUAGAGGAGAGAGAGGCAGAGGAAGAGGAGGAUGGCAAGGAGGACACCCAAGUGUUUCUGAGGAAAUGCCAAAAUACAUAACAGUGUCUACCUUUGCCCAAGCUCGUGCUGCUGAGAUCAGUGCCAUGUUGAAAGCAGUUUCACAGAAGUCUUCCAACUCUCUGGUUUUCCAGACCCUCCCUAGGCACAUGCGGAGGCGAGCAAUGAGUCACAAUGUGAAACGCCUACCCAGGCGGCUCCAAGAGAUGGCCAGGAAAGAGGCAGAGAAAGCUGUACAUCAGAAAAAGGAACAGUCAAAGACUAAAUGCCGCAAAGCUAGAAGACGCCACAUAAAUUUGGUAGCAGAGUUUAAUCACAGGCAAAGAAAGAAUAUUUGGCUGGAAACCCAUAUUUGGCAUGCAAAGAGAUUUCAUAUGGUAAAGAAAUGGGGAUACUGUUUAGGAAACAGCCCUACAGAGAAGAGCUACAGGGCUUGUUACCGAGCCAUGACAAAGCAAUGCCUUCUUCAGGACUUAUCAUAUUAUUGUUGCUUGGAGUUGAAGGGUAAAGAGAAUGAGCUUCUGAAGCAACUUGCUCGAAUAUGUAGCAUUGACACAGGAUUGACAUUUCAAGAGGCUUCUUGCCUGUCUGGAAGAUUUGAGGGUUCCCUGAAUCUUUAUCGAGCAGAUCGCUAUCCUGAGGAUAUGCUUGGUCCUGUUACAUUUAUUUGGAAACCCAGGGAUGGGUCUGAAAACAGACAGUUGUGGAUCUGGGUGCAUCCAGCUCUCAAGCAGGACAUACUGAGGGAGUUAAAAGCAAUUUUUCAGUGUUCAGAACCUGAAGAAAUCUGUAUUUCUGAGCCUGUUACAACAUCAAUUCAAGAGGAAGAACAAGUGGAAGUUAUGAGCCUUGGCAAUAAAAGAAAGAAGGAGGAUAAAGAAGGAGAAAAGGCUGUGCCAGUGAAAAAAAUAAUUGGUGACGGCACUAGAGAUCCAUUCCAGUCCUACUCUUGGAUCUCACAGACUACUGGCAUUACAAUCAGUGACAGAAGCAUGGAGAUUCUCAGAUACCGGCUGAUUGGCCCAUUAUCACACUCUGUCCUUACAGAGACCCUGAAGGCAGCUCCUGUCCAAACAGAGAUGGCAGAUUCAGAAACAGGACUGAAUAACUGGUGGGUAGAAAACUGCAAGGACUCUGAAAAAGUCUCUCUCCAUCAAUGUCAAAGUGCUGUCUUUGAGCUAUUGGAAGGUAUUUGUGCUUGUGGGUGCUAUUGGUGGAAGGGGGGGAAACUUAAAAUCUAG